CGACGGCCAGCCAUCCGUCAAGGCUCGUGCGAACACCCCAGAGAGUUUGUUGACCGGAUGCAACAGCUUCUUGAAGAAUUUGGACGUCACUUUCCGACGUGAUCCCAAUACUUUCCGACCAAGAAUUAACAAGUACAACUCCCAGCUCGACGCCGACCAGAAGAGCAACGGGAACUACUUCUUCUUGGAGGAUGAUUCCUGAAAGAUGCCGCGGAGGUUGUGAUGAAAAUGAGAAAUGCUAUUAGCGCAGCAAAGAAAGGCUCCAAGUUUGGCACCAAGCGCAAGCGAUCCAUCAAAAGCGGCGCCGAUGAAGCACUCGAGCAGGACGCCGCCGGCGAGGACGAAGAUGAUGUCGAGAUCGGUCUGCAGUGCAGAGUUCCUUCACCAUCACGUCCUGCCAGGAAAGUUCAACUGUUGCUGGGCUAAAUGACCAUGUCAUGAUGUGAAUGAGUGAUGAGUAUUAACUGCUGUGUUUCGACAUGCUUGUAUGUUGUGCAGGCAUAUAAAGAUCACACACGAGGACCCUUGUGGUCGAAAGCGAUCGCAUACGUAUGCGAAAUGAGGUGCCAGCGAAGCUGCUUACCGCCAGCUGUCGCGGCGUACGAGAGGAACGAACAGGAAUAAUGAUCAGUGGAGUUACGUACCAAGAGAUGAACACGCUCAUUUGCUCUCGGUAGGUAGCUGCUUGUACUGAAUUAGCGCCUGCACGCAAUUUACGUACCAAAAUUAUACAACGACACUCGUUUGCAUG